UAUUUAGGUAAGAAGAUGGUAGCUGUUAGUGGCUGAAAAACAACAAAAGAUUUAGUAGUUAGUAGUUACAGUGAGGAAGGUUCCGUACGUUUAACCUUAUAUAAAGGGGAUUAGAUGGUCAAGUGCAUUAACAAAAGAAGAAAUGGGGAAAUUGAGCAAGAGUGAGAGUGUAUUAGCAGUGGUGACUGGAUCAGUUGUUUUAAUUGUUUCAUUUGUUACAAGUAGUUCAAGUGCUUGCAGCUUUCCAGCAAUUUACAACUUUGGGGAUUCUAAUUCUGACACUGGCGCUGACUCAGUGACAUUUGGUCGACUUCCUUAUCCUAACGGCAAGACUUAUUUCGGUAUACCUUCUGGCAGGAAUUGUGAUGGACGUCUCAUCAUUGAAUUUAUAGCCGAGAAAUUGGGAUUACCUUUGCUGAAUUCAUAUCUUGAUUCUUUGCAAUCAAAUUUCCGACAUGGAGCAAACUUUGCUGCUAGUCGAGCUACAAUCCAGCAAGUAAAUGGUCAGUUAUGUGAGGGACGUUAUAGCCCCUUAUCUCUCGGUAUUCAGCUUUUGCAGUUUGAGCAACUUAAAGUCCGCACUAACGAGUUUUACAUUCAAGCCAAUAGCUCACAAACCAAAGUCAAAAGUGAUCUGCCAAGGCCAACAGACUUCUCAAAGGCACUUUACACAAUAGAUUGUGGACAAAAUGAUCUUCAUUAUUUAGUUACAACGAUGACGGAGGACCAAGCCAACGCAGCCAUCCCCAAUAUAACUAAUCAGUUUGUUCAAAUCAUAGAGAAGCUCUACCAAGAAGGAGCAAGGAAAUUUUGGAUACAUAAUACAGGUCCCAUUGGGUGCUUGCCACUUAUGGUUCUUUACCAUCCCAAGUCUGGUGAUGUAGACGAAAUUGGUUGCGUUAAGUCUUACAAUGAGAUUGCUCAAGAAUUCAACAAGCAGCUUAAAUACAGGAUUUACCAACUAAGUUGCCAACUUCAGGGAGUGGAGCUUAUUUCUGUCGAUAUCUAUUCAGCUAAGUACACUUUAAUUAGAGAAGCAACUAACUACGGUUUUGUAAAUCCUUUUGAGUAUUGUUGUGGGAAUGAUAAUUACAAAUGUUGGGAGAGAUCGGCAACAAAUAUUAGUGCAUGCAAUGAUCCAUCAAAAUACAUUAGUUGGGAUAGCCUGCAUUAUACUGAAGCUGCAAACUAUUGGAUAGCAAGCCGCAUUGUGAAUGGCUCAUUUUCAGAUCCUCCGAUUUCCCUCGAGAAAGCAUGUUGAGAUCCUCUUCUUCACUCACGUUUAUCACCUCCA